AUGAAGUACUUCUUAAAACCGAUCUGCGUUUUUCUUACUUAUCUGGUCUGGGCUUUUGGCUUAAUCCUGGCCCACAGCAGAUCCUGGCGCGUGUGGGAGUUUGACAGCGACAUCAUUUCCGUCGUGUUCAUUGGACUCUGGGAAGCUUUCUACCGGCAAAAAUUUAACGUGUCUGGCGUAAUGGUUGAGUUACCGAUGUACAGCGUGAUCAACUCGAGCUGGGUCGUUUCUAACGAAAUCUCGUAUGGGCAGGGCCUGAUGCUGCUGGCGAAUUCUAUGAUGUCGGUGGCCCUGAUUUUUAGCUCGGUGGCGCUUCUCGUCAGCAGGGUCGAGGGCCCGUACCCCGAUUUCCUCCGAUUGUGCUACAGGGCGUCUGCGCUGCUGCUCUUCCUCAGUUGCGCUUGUGCAACAAUUACAGUGAGCUGGAAUUUCACCGCGGAUUUUUAUGGCCAAACCACCCUCGACUUUCCAAUUACCUUUCCUCUUGAAAGAGAAAUGGUAACAAAAAAACAUCUCUCCUAUGUUUUCCCCCUAGGAAUCACAACUUCCAUCCUUUUGCUAGUAACUGCCCUCCUAUUCUCCUGUGAAAGGUGUUCAAUAAAACCACCGAAACGGGUGAAUCCCCUGAUAGUGUCCAGAUGUUGA